UUAUACUUAAACAUAUGUAAAAAAAUAUUUAUCACCAAAUUUAGAGACAUAAUUAAACAUGUUUUUUUUUAAAUUGUACAAUUUGUGGAAAUGGUUGACUUUUGUGUAAAUUUGACUCUAUACAAUGGAUUUUAUUCUUGUUUUGUUCCUUUCCAUUUCCUUUGAUUCCUUUGAUUCUUCUUCUUCUCUAUUGUUCAUGUAUUGGUUACAACUUAUUACUCAGAGAAGAGAUUGUAUAUGUUACCUACCAUUUCUAUGCCUCGUAACAUUAUAUAAAUAGACACUAAGACAUAUAAAAAAUCUCAAAGCACAUUCAUAAAACAUAAACAUCGAGUACAAAUUGUAAAGACAUGACAGUAUCAAAGACAACAUUUCUUAUUGUUCUGGUCGCACUCCUUUCAUGUGUCUGUAUAUCAAAUGCAAGGGAACUAAUGAAACCUGGACGAUAUGUGCAAGAUUGUGCUGGAUCAUCAUGUCAACCAAAGCUGGCCCAACCAAAUCAAUAUUUUGGUAGUUGCUUUAAAAAUAGUGAUUGCAAAAAUAGUUGUUUUGAUUCGUGCAAAUUUCAAAAAUGUACUAAUCACCAAUGUGACUGCGGAGAAUGUUAGAAAUCAUGCUAUGGACUUUGUUAUUUCUUUUAUUUCUAUGUCUUUUAGUAGCUACAAUUAUAAAAUUAUUUGAUCAUUAAUUUA